UCUACGUUUCCACUCUCUUCCUCCUCUCCUCCUCGGACUGCUCAACGGUGGUCCGUCGUCGGCGACGGCAGUUUGAUGACGGCGCCGCCGCCUCCUCCUCUUCCUCCGACUGCUCGGUGGUCCGUGGCCGGCCACGGCAGUUUGAUGACGGCACCGCCUCCUCCUCCUCCUCCUCCUGCUCGGUGCUCCGUGGCCGGCGACGGCAGUUUGAUGACGACGCCGCCUCCUCCUCCUCCCACUGCUCGGUGGUCCGUGGCCGGCGACGGCAGUUUGAUGAAGGCGCCGCCUCCUCCUCCUCCUCCUCCUCCUCCGACUGCUCGGUGGUCCGUGGCCGGCGGCGGCAGUUUGAUGAGGGCUCCGCCGAUCCCACUCUCUCGUGAAAGACUCGCUCUACCAUACCAGGACGGUGAGCCACCGGCCACGACCGACGACCUAAGCAUGAGGCCGACAUCCUCUCCGCCACCAACCAGCGCUGAAGAAACACAAGGAGCACGGCGUUCUUCCGUUUCGCCGGCACCCGUCACCACGGGGAUGGCCACCUCUCGCGGGCCGUCUACCCUCAUCGAGGCCGAGGAGGGUCGUGCAACUGAGAGGAAGGAGAUUGUGGUGAAAUUGCUUAAAGCCAGGGCCAAGGACAACCUCGAGCUCGGCGGCAUAGCCGCCAUCUUUGGUUUCGCUGUGCUGUUUGGUUGGUCCUGCUUCCCCGAGGAGAUGAAGCGCCCCGGCAACUUGAAAUUCAUCUUCUCCUUGCUGCUGGCAAUCGCAACCUUCUUCAGCGGCACGGCCCUCACGCUCCUCAGCAUGAACAUCGUCGGCCUGCCGGAGAGCCUCGUCUCCGCCGGCCAGCUGGUCGCCUCCAAGUGCCUAUUUCUCAUCUGCACCGCGCUGUCCGCCAUGACUCUGGUUAGUCUCCUGGCCCUCCUGCCGAGCAUGCUCUACCUGUGCCUUGGCCUCGUCGUGAUGACGGUAGUCGUGCUGCCGGCCAUCGUGGUACACUGUUACAUGCGACGGCACACAGAGGGAGGAGACGAGGCAGCGGCACUCGAGGAGCAUAAGGAGGAGCUGGAGGCCGCAUCAAAGAUCACCUCGUGCGUCACCAACUCGGCGUUCGGGGGACUGGUCGGUGUGCUGUUUAGCGCAUCCAAGUCCAAGGUCUCCGGCGCCCCGACGGCCGUUUACACGGCUAUGUUUUUCAUGUUCUCCACCGCCAUCUUCGGCAUGGUCGUCAUGACAAUGUCGAAGAAAGUAUCGAAGGUCGCCAAUCGGAGGCUCCGGCAGUUGCUCGUCUGGGCGAUCAGGCUCGCCAACGCCUUUUUGCUCUGCUCGCUGGCGUGCGCAGCGUUCGCAGCAUCGUUCGCGGUCAUCAGAUGCCAAAUUUUUGCGGCGUUCGGGCCGUUGGCCAUUACGGCUGUGAUCUGUUUGAUCCUCCAUCAUUGUACUGUCCGCCCUGGCGAAGCCGACCCGAGAAACCAGGAGAAUCAAAAGGCCCGGCUCAAAGUAAUGGAGGACAUGGCGAGCAAGGUGACGGCGGCGACGUUGGGGGCGAUCAUGAGCGUUCUCGCAGGCUCUGUCGGGGAGGAACACCACGAGAAGAAGGGGGCUACGGAUGCAUUCAUGGUUGUCCUGACAUCGACCUUUGUCUCAAGCUUUGGAUUCAUGCUUCUCGCCGCCGCGCCGAGCUCAGCGAGGGUGUACCUUGCACCGGUCUCCAAGGUGCUCAUCUGGUCGUCGGUGGCCUUGUUUGGAGCCACCGCCGUCUCUGUUUAUAGCGCAGAGAUCUCCAGGGCAGUUAGCCAGUAGUGUCCCGUAAUUUGUUGCUUGCUUGAACUAACUCAGUGGGUAGCCGUCUAUGAUUGUGAUUGGAUUGGUUGCUACUGCGAAUGGCUGGAUUUUUGCAAUGAAUGUCACUCUGCUCUCCUCUCGAUGAA